GUCGGGCUCGUGUCCGUCGCAACUGCUGCGGGCGCUGCCUGCGGGGGGUCACACGGGGGCUGCCGGGGCUCCGGGGGGCACGGGGGGCACGGGGGCCGAACGCUCGCGGCACAAGGAGCGGCCCGCCGCACUCGCCGUGCACGAUCACCACUCGCACAGGCAAGGCACGGAGGGUCCGUGGCAGUCGCAGCAUCGAAAAUCACAGUCGCUCGACGUCACCGCGAGUCGGAAGGACAGGCAUCAUUCCCAACCUGUUAAAGAGAGAUUCCGCUGCAUAGUCCCGUACCCGCCGAACUCCGAGUACGAGCUGGAGCUGAAGGUGGACGACAUCGUGUUGGUGUCGAAGAAGCGCGGCGACGGGUGGUACAAGGGCACGCUGCAGCGCACCGGACGCACCGGACUGUUCCCGGCCUCCUUCGUGCAGAGCUGUCCGCAGGAAUGACACCGGCCCACGCACAGUAGGUUCGGGACUUUAUUUUAGAUAUACGGCCGGUUAAAUAAACGCCUAUAGAAUGCCGCAUUUUUUUUUUAAUAGAAAAAGAUGUCAAAAAGGGACAGUUCAAGUCUUACGUAACGGAAUUUUUGAAGAUUUUUGAACUCCCCACCCCCUAUGUAACGCGCCAUAACGUUCUCCUGUACGCCCCUGCCCCCCUCCAAAAGUUACGUAACUCUAAAGUGUCAAUUUUUUUUGGAAUAUUCACAAUUAUUUUACGCAAAAUACCGAAAAAUCGCUAAAAUACUUUUGUUAUUGUUUUACAAUAAAAAAAAACAAUGUUACAUAAUGCUUUGUACGAGACGCUCUUCCCGCCCCUGUAACGCAUCGUAACGUUUCACAAGAAAAAAUUGCGUUACGUAAUACUUGAACGUCUCCAAAGGCUGAUCAAUAGUCGAUUAUUUAACCGACCGUGCGGUUACCUCACUAAUACAAUUUUGUACACAUCUAUUAUAUUUAUAUUAUGUCUUACUAUUCUCCGUCUGGCGUUAAACAUCCCUAAAAAUAGCAAGAAAUACAUAUGUGUAAAUAUGAAAGAUGUUUGCAACAUUUGUGAGUAAGGCGGUUAGUGUUUUAUAAACGGUUCCAGUUUGUUUACAGUCUAAAUUUGUUAUAUGUAUGUGGACAAAGUAAAGUUUAUGAUGUCACAAAUAUGUAAGAAAUGGGUUU